AGCUGUUGAGAGGAGCGGUUGAAGCAAUAAAAGUGUACUUGGGAUUCAAUCCACCCAUGGCCAUGAGAUCGAGACACAAAAGAAAAAAAACAAUAUCAAUAAUGUAAUGGUCAGAUUGAAAUAAGAAGGAAACAAUUUAUAAUUGAAAACUAGCUGUUAGGUCUAGGAUUUGUAAGAAGAAGAGCCACCCUUACAAAUUAUAAUGCACCCACCACCAAAAACUCGACAUUCUCUCUCUCAUACAAACAUGGUCACGUGCCAUUUCACAGUCCUACCGUAGGAAAACACCACCUCUUUGCUCUCACUACUUAACAUUAUCAAAGUGAUAGACCCUGUUUCAUUCUUCUCGACUUCCUACUUAUUUAUCUUAGCUAUAACUAAGUAGAAACACUUAACGAAGGAGAGAGCCAAUAUAGAUGCUUCCUUCUUCUUCAGUUUUAUUCUUCCUACUUUAGAUUUUAGAAUUACCCAGUUGAGUUAAGUCUUUCUUUUUCUGGUUUAAGAUGAAAAGAGUGGUAGAUUGGCUUCACAUUUCGAAAAAGAAGAGAGAAAAGUGGAAGAUUUCUUCUGGGUCAAUAAGAUAUAACCAUUUCUUCUACUUUUCUCUUUUGCUAUUGAUAUGGGUCUUUCAGCCAGUUUCAAGCCAAGAUGGGGAUGGUGUAAUAGUUACAGCAGCUGAUUUUCAAGCCCUUCAAGCAUUUAAGCAAGAACUAACUGACCCAAAAGGGUUUUUGAAGAGCUGGAAUGACAGUGGCUAUGGAGCUUGCUCUGGUGGUUGGGUAGGAAUCAAAUGCACUCAGGGACAGGUUAUUGUUAUACAUCUUUCAUGGAAGGGAUUCAGUGGUCAGAUCACUGAGAAGAUUGGUCAACUUCAGGCACUUCGUAAGCUCAGCCUCCAUGAUAAUCUUAUUGGGGGUUCUAUCCCUUCAACAUUGGGGUUCCUUCCCAACCUUAGAGGAGUUCAACUUUUCAAUAAUCGACUUUCAGGUUCAAUCCCUCCUUCAUUGGGUUUUAGUCCUAUUCUUCAGACUCUUGACCUUAGUAAUAACUCACUAAGUGGGACUAUCCCACCUAGUAUUGCAAACUCUACUAAGCUUUUCAGAAUCAAUCUCAGUCUCAUUUUGUUUUCUGGGUCUAUCCCUUCUAGCAUUAUUAGCUCACCAUCAAUAAUCUUUCUUUCUCUUGAUCAUAACUCUCUCUCAAGAAGUUUACCUGCUUCUUUAGGAAAGUUAACUAAGAUUCAAGAGCUUUCACUUAAUGGAAACAAAUUUAAUGGAGCCAUUCCAAAUGAAAUAGGGAGGCUUUCUAAGCUUAGAAAACUUGAUCUCUCAAAUAAUGCCAUAAAUGGAAGCUUGCCCACUAGUAUUUCUAAUUUGUCCUCACUUGUUUUGUUGAAUUUGGAGAGAAACAACCUUGAUUUUCAUAUCCCAUAAGAGCUUGGGAGAUUGCAUAACCUUUCUGUCCUCAACCUUAGAGGAAACAGGUUAAAGGGUCCUAUUCUAGCUACCUUUGGAAACAUUUCUACUCUCACUCAACUUGACUUAUCACACAAUAAUCUCAGUGAAUCAAUACAUGUGUCCCUUUCUGCUUUAUCACAUAUUAUUCUUUUAAAUGUUUCCUACAAUAUCCUCUCUGGUUCUGUUCCAACUACUUUGGCACAAAAGUUCAACUCAAGCUCUUUUGUUGGAAAUAUUCAACUCUGUGGAUACAAUGGCUCAAUUUCAUGCCUUUCUGAAGUACCUUCUCAAGGAACCACGUCUCCAUCCCCUGAGAGAUUGAAAUCUCAUCGAAAUAAACUAAGUACGAAAGACAUAGUUCUCAUAGCAGCGGGUUGUCUCCUUCUAGUUUUGCUCAUACUAUGUUGCAUCUUACUAUACUGCUUGUUAAGAAGGAGGAGUGGAUCAAAAGCCAAAGCUGGUCAAGGCACCAGAAGAGCUGGUGCAGUUGCAAGGACUGAAAAGGGGGUCCCGGCUUUGGGAGGUGAAGCAGAAUCAGGUGGAGAGGUUGGAGGAAAACUAGUCCACUUUGAUGGACCAAUGGUCUUCACAGCAGAUCAUCUUUUGUGUACAACAACUGAGAUUAUGGGAAAGAGCACUUAUGGGAUUGUCUAUAAGGACACACUAGAAGAUGGGCAUGAAGUUGCAGUCAAGAGAUUAAGGGAGAAUAUCACAAAAGGCCAGAUGGAAUUCGAGACAGAGGUUAAUGUUUUGGGACAAAUUUGACAUCCAAAUCUCUUGGCUAUGAGAGCUUAUUACACAAGUCCUAAGGGAGAGAAGCUCCUUGUUUUUGAUUACAUGUCAAAAGGAAAUCUUGGAACUUUUCUCCAUGCUCGAGAUCCUGAAACUCCUAUUGAUUUUCCAACAAGAAUGAAAAUGCUCAGGGAGCAAACAAAUGCAAAAGUAGCAGAUUUUAGGCUCUCUAAGCUAACAACAGCUGCUGCCUCAAAUGUAAUUGCUACUGCUGGAGCACUGGGCUACCGUGCACCAAAGCUUUCAAAACUCAAGAAAGCUAACACGAAAACUGAUGUGUACAGCCUUGGGGUCAUCAUGUUGGAACUUCUAACAGGAAAAACCCCAGGUGAGGCAAUGAAUGGUCUUGAUUUGCCACAGUGGGUGGCUUCCAUUGUAAAAGAAGAAUGGACAAACGAAGUUUUCGACUUGGAAUUGAUGAGAGCUGCACCUAGCAUUGGUGACGAGUUAUUGAACACCUUAAAAUUGGCUUUGCAUUGUGUUGAUCCUUCACCAUCAGCCAGACCAGAAGUUCAGUAGGUUCUUCAACAACUUGAAAAGAUUAGACUUGACAAUGUCGGUACAAGUUCUGGUGACGAUGGAGUGGGAGCUGCUUUCACUAGUGAGUAAAAUAGAAGAACUAGUAAUGGAUUCUAGAAUACUAGUAUGUAUUCUGAUGUCAUUAGAGUAGAAGUAGCUACAUUAGUUGAUGAAUUCUUUCAUUCUUCAUUAGUAAGUUUGCUUUCAUAGAGAAAUCUUUGUAAAUACACAUUUUUUUUUGAUCCAUUUGAGUGUUCAUUUUCUACUUUAUGACCUUGUUUUGGUGUUUCAAUCCAAGGUAAGAAAAAAGAAAAAUCAAACCUCAAUCUCGAUCUACCAUUGUU